CACGUUUUUUACUUCUCUGGUCUCCAGUCUUCACUGACUUGCACCUCGCUAAGGCUGGAAUAUUACUAGCCCACACAAGCAUGGAACCACAGGACAUGGCACUGUUGUACGACGACAUCGACAGCUUUGUGGCCAGUCCAGCCUCAAAUCUGGAGUUGCGUUCGUUAACCUUGCGCCUCACGCAAACAACCUUGUUGUCGCACGAACCACAGGAUGUGGAAACCAACAACUUGCAAGUCGAGCAAACUCUCACACGCCUCGCGGGCGCCAUCGCGCCUUUGAACAGGCUGUGCGCCUUCUCCUUGUAUGUCCCUCCACACAACUCGGGACAUCACUUCGAAAUCUCGCAGACCGCUAUCGCUUCCAUCAUCGAAUCACUCCCACAAAGCUGCGUGAGCCUUGAAAUCGACACGGCCGGCCUCGACCAUGCAACAACCGGCCCGGGGUCCGGGGCACCCAUCCAUCUCUGCGAGACACUCCGCACUGUCCUCCCCCAAAUGCGGUACGCCCGUCUGAGCCUGCGAACCAUGUGCUCGUCCCUAUUCGGCACUGGGGCUGUUCUGCCCCAGAGUGAUGCCUCACCCUACAACCCCAUUACUCUGCCAAACAUGCAGGGCCUUCUUGUAAACUGCAAACGUGCUUGGGGGACCGCACCAAUCUGCGCCGCGUCAGCCCAAACCCCAGCCCCAACUCCAGCAUGGGAUUCUUGGGAUUCCGUCACUCAUGGCCUACAGACACUGGCGACUGAACCGGGCCGAGUAAGGCCUACGGCCAACCUCUGCGUGCUGACCUCGACGCCGCAGGACAAUUCCGAUAAAAGCAAAUACGUCACUCUCAUCAGGGCUGACAUAGCCAGCCAAACCUCCCAUGCCUUUCCCGUUGCGUUUGUCUCCCGGGGACCAACCGCGUGGCUCAUGAGGACAGGAGAAGGGAGAGAGGUGAUCUCAUCAGACACGGCCGCACUUGUUGACGCAGCCGAGGGCCAAACGGGGUGGGCCACGGCCGGGAAUGGGCUAAGGCUUCCAGUGCAACUGGUGGCGAAAUGGGGACUGGAAACUAGGGAAAGUGCGCUCGACGAUGGAAGCGUUUGGCGAGCUUCGAACCCGAGGAAGAUGCAUUUGCUUUGGUACAACGAGAAGCUGUGCGGUGAAAGGCUAUUGGACGGCGAAAUGCGUGUGGGAAAGUCAUAUUUGUCCAGGGAGCCGCUCGUUGAAAGGACCCCGGCGGGAUGGCAGCGGCCCGAUACGCUACUACGGGCUCAGCUAGAACCUCUCUAGGGAGGCAAGGAGGAAGGGACCAAGCGAAGGGAUCAUGGAGAGAGAGACGGAAUGAAGUCCCGCAUACAAAGUACCUUGAUGCAUGUCUCCCAUGUCAUGGCGUAAUCCCGGGUGAGGGUAACACAUGCGGAGACGAGUACGGACGAGCUUGACCUCGAGAUGAAUUACUUGGUACCUAAUCCACGUGAAGGGC